AUGUCUAACAACAAUCAUUCUGAUGAUGAAGAAAUGUUUCUUGUGGGCAAGAUCCAAGCUUAAAAAGUGGAAAUAGAGGCACUUUAAAAAUAAUUAAGGGUUACAGAAUUUCAAUUUAAACAACAGAUAUUAGAACUCACAAAUGAACUUGAGAGAGAGAGGAAGAGAACGGGUGAAUUGGAGAAUGAGAUAAACACCUAAAUUAGUUCAAUAGGACAGGGUGAAAUUUAAUCAUUUGCCACUCAACUUGAAUAAAAAUUGUCAGAAGCUGAAAAUAAAUUGUUAGAAUAUAAAGCAAAUGAAUUGAAAUUGCAAAAAGAAAUAUAGAGUUUAAAAAGAAAGCCAGAGAAUGAGGAAAUUGAUGAAUUAAAAUAAUAGUUAGUUAAAAUGGAAGAAACAGCAAUUGCAUUAAUAGUUGAAAAAGAAAAAGUUAUUUAAGAUCUAAAGAGCCAACUUGAAUGUUCAACAUAGAUCUAAGAGACUUUCCACGAUUAAAUCCAUCAUUCUGAUGUAGAUGAUGAAAAGGAUAUUAAAAUUUAAAAUUUAAAAUAAUUAGUAUAGGAAUUAAAUUAGAAAAUAGAAUAAGACUAGUUGCAUUUUGAUGAAAGAUUAAUGAAAUUAGAGCAUGAAAUUACUGAACGAGUGUUAGACAGCAUUAGUCAUUAAAUUAAUGAAUCAAAAUCAGUUGAAUAAGAUUUGCUUCAUUAGAUUAAUCUAUAUGAGGAGAAAAUAAAGAAUUAAGAUAAGUUAUUAGUUAGUUAGGAGAAAUUAUUAUAAUAAGUUAAGGAUGAAAAAUAUAAGGAAGUUAGUUUUUAUGAAGGCAGAAAUGCUGAGAUGCAAAAGAAAUUAUCAUCUGCAUUGUAAUAAGUACUAAAAAGUGACAGAAAAAGUGAGGAUGCAUUUAAAUAAUACACCAAUUUGCAGAGAGAGAAAACAAUUCUUUAAAAGCAAAGAGACGAAUAAGUUAAAUUAAAUGUUAAAUUGGAGAAUAAUAUAAGAAAAUAAAUUUAGGAUAUGGAUGAACUUAGACAAUAUAAUAAUAGCUCUUAAUAAUAAAUUGAUGAUUUAGAAUAAUAAGUUAAUCAUUUAGAAUAAUAAUUGCAAGAAACCAAGUUUUAUUAUGAAGAAUAAUUAUAAAUGCAGAAGAUUCAUUUACCUAGUGAACGAUUGCCUUCAUAAUAGGAAGAGUAAGGAUAAGGAGGAAAUCUCUUAAGUGAAUUACUAACUGAAGAAAUUUCAAUAGAGAAACCACAUAAUACUUAAUAGAGUGAAGAUAGCUUUCAUCAAUAAAUUCCAUAAACUCCCCAGUCUAAAAAUGGAGGAGGUCAUUUGUUUGCAUCCUCUAGAAUCUCAAAUGCAAGUGUAAAUACUAAAAGAAGAUAUUAGGAGAUGGAAUAAUUGAAGAUAGAAUUGCAUUCUGUUAAACAUGAAAAUGAAUAAUUGGCAGAAGAAAUAGAAAAUUAUGAACAUUUGGUUGGUGUCUUAUAAUAAGAGAUUAAAGCAUAAUUAUUAGAAAUAUAAAAUUUAAGAAAAGGAAAACUUGAUUACUCAUAAGAAAGAGAUUUGAGAAUAGACUAGGAAUAGUUAAAAUAAUCAUUACAUAAGCUUGAAACUCAUUUUAUUACUGCCAAGUUAAGUUGGGCUGAAGAGGUAAAUUUCUUAAAAUCAGAAGUAAAAAGAGCUGAGAAAUAAGCAUAAGAAAGCACACUAUUAUAUAAUUAAAUAUUGACUGAAAAGGAGUAUUUCCAAUCUAAGUUGAAGAAACUUGAAACUUAAAUUGCAAAGAAAGAAAAAAAGAAUUAAAAUUCAUAAAACACUCCUUUAAGUCCAAUUAAAGAGGAUGAUUAGACAAUUAAAAAAAAAGGAUUCUUAUCUUAUUUCGGAAAGUGAAAUGUAAAAUUUUGUUGAUAAUGUAUUCAUAUAAACUAAUAAAUUUUGAAU